AUGCCGGUAGGUUAUGAGUCUCAUCGGCCAUGCAGUCGCGGCAAUAUAGUAGCGUGCUAACGCGGUUCCUCAUCGGCCAGUCCGACGAGAAAGCGCGCGUGGACCGCGCGGACAGGGACCUGGCUUCAGAGAAUCGGGAGAGGUUCGAGAAUCUGCAGGAACGAGUAGCUAAAGUCAAGGCUCUUUUUGAAAGCAAGGGGGAGAACGGGGCGAGGGCGGACUAG